AUGCUUCACAUGCUGGGUGUGAAAUCGCCAGUCCCAAAAGACAGUCGCAAGCAAUACCGUCGCAGUUUUCGCGGAUUUCGUGUCGACCUCGAACUACACAGGGAUCAUAUCUCGGCGCUCAACAGCCACUCCAAUCAGCGCAGGAGCCCAAUCCAGACCGCCGUCAUGUUAAGUCCACUUGUUACUCGGCGUAAUGGAAAAAAGCAAGCAUGCGAGCCUUGUCGGCGCCGAAAAGUGGCGUGCGACCACGGUUAUCCAAUAUGUCGUCGGUGUAGGAAACGGCCGAAUGGUGCAUCUGCGUGUUACUAUGCAUCGCCUGAACAAGCAGCGACCCCCUCUCGAUCGAGACUUUCUCAGCAACCAGUGUCUGAAGCAUCGGCUUUGAACUCCGAAGCCGCGGUCCCCUCAGCCCAGACACGGAAUUUUGGACCUGACGAUGGGCUAUGGAGCUCACCUGCUGCGAGACCGCCGCAGGGCUUUUUUGGACCUACAAGCUUUCCUGCGGCGUAUCAGGAGACUGAAGCGAGUUUAGCUGCGCAAGGCCCCUUGACUGCAGAAGCUAAUGCUCCCCCUUCACCAUCAGUCUCGGCUCUGCCGUCAGUAGCUGAGUUGCAAAGCAUGACACUGAGGGAGGAUCAGGAUGACCCGGCUGCAUGGAUAGAAAGCCUCUCUGGCCCCAACUUAAGGUGGGAAACUGUUGGCGUCAUGUUUCUCUACACAGCUCUCGGCGAGUUAUCAACUACUUCAAAUGAAGAGUCAAAGAGGAUUAUACGUCACUGCACCGAGUACUGUGCUUCCUGUAUAACCCUUGCGAACAUGGGCGGGAGUUCUGGUACUCUUAUGCUGUUUCUGAUGUACAAGCGGUCUGUUCUCCAUGCGUGGAUGCAUGGCGAGACAAUACCGACCGAGAUCCGCAGGCGUAUAGGAUGCCAAAUCUUCAUAGUCGACAAGUUUCUAGCAACCUUUGUUGGGAGACCGCCUCUUCUGACACGCAAGUUCUGUUCUAUCAAGUCUCCACUCGACUUGGAAGAAUCAGCCUUGCUCUCCGAUAAAGAGACCUUCCAGAGGCAAUCUCAACGCCUAGACCGAAAUGGAUGGAACACAGAUGGCCGUAUCUACUCGAGCUCGCUUUUGCGCGUUCGCAUGAUGAUUGCGCUGGUUAGAGACGAGAUCCUCGAAGUUGUACUCGCCCAGGACACACAUUCCAGCAUAACAGACAUCAUGACCCUCAAAGAGAAACAACUUGAACUCUACAGGCAGUUACCUCAUCACUUUAUCUGGGAUACUGUCCAGGAAGAAAUAAGAGAAAUAAACCUUGAAAUAGGAUACCCAAAGCUGCUGAUAAGACUUGACCAUUUGCUGAACAUGUUCCUCCUCCAGCGACUGUUCGUCAAGCACGGUCAUCCAAGAAAUGAGCUUCUGCGAACCAGUUUCGAGAUGGUGGUUUUGACGUUGAACUUUUGGGCCCAGAAGCAUAUAUGGGCUGCUUUGCAAGGUAAAUGCCGGUGGAUAAUCAUGGGAUAUGCUACUCUCGCUGGAGCUGUCUUAUGCAUGGAACUCAUAGAGCCCGUCCCAGUUACCAUAUUACCACAGGAUAGCAUCAUCGCCGGCGAGACAUAUUCUCGAUCAUCAAUCAUUCAGCAGCUCAGCCUUCUAUUGGGAUAUCUCAAGACAUCAUGCCCGUCGCAAACGCAUUGUUCAGUGGCGCAUAAUGUUAGGGGCGUGAUAAAGAAGGUCCUUGACCAUAUUCUGAAUAAUCAGACUGUCACUCAACCGAUGGUAGAGUUUGGUGGAUUAGAGUUUGGUGGUAAUUGGGAUUAUUUCUCGUCUUUUAGUGCGCUGGAUAACUUUGACUGGCUGAUGGAGGAGCGUGGCAUUGAGGAGACCUCUGGCAUGCAGUAG